CAACGGUCACACCCGCCAGCUCACAUCUGUGGAAUUGGUAAAUUUCGAAAAUCCGGAAAAACCGGACGGAACCUUUCACCUUGCUCUGGACCAGUGGCACCACCCUCGAGUUUCGCAAGAUGUCCAUUAAUCUGCGCACCGUCUACGCGUUCGCCCGCGAGAUGUACCCAAAGACUUCCAAGGAGACCAUCCAAUACGGAACAGCUGGCUUUCGCGGCAAGGCUGAGUUCCUGGACAGCGUGAUGUUCCGCAUGGGCGUUCUGGCCACCCUGCGCUCCCGGUAUCGCGGAGGCUCUGUCAUCGGCGUGAUGAUCACGGCAUCGCACAAUCCGGAGCCGGACAACGGAGUGAAGCUGGUCGAUCCCAAGGGUGAGAUGUUGGAGGCCAGCUGGGAGGCGAUAGCCACCGAUCUGGUCAACGUCAGCGACCAGGAACUGGAGCAGCAGGUGGCCAAGAUCAUAAAGGACAACAACAUCGAUGUGACGACCAGUUCGCAGGUGUUUGUGGGCAUGGACAACAGAUAUCACAGCCCAAGACUGCUGAAGGCGGUGGCCGAUGGCGUGAUUGCACUAAAGGGCAACGUCAAGGAGUACGGCAUUGUGACCACACCCAUGCUGCACUACUUCGUAGUGGCGGCCAAUACCAAGGAGGCCUAUGGCAAGCCCACCGAGGAGGGUUACUACGAGAAGCUGAUCAAGGCCUUCGAACUGCUGCGGAACGGGCGCCUGGAGAACGGCAACUAUCGCAACAGCAUAAUUUACGAUGGUGCCAACGGCGUGGGCGCCCGCAAAAUGCUGCAGUUCAUCAAGCGCAUGAAGGGCUCCCUGAACGUGACGGUCAUUAACCAGGGCAUUGGUGUCGGCAAGAUCAACGAGGACUGCGGCGCCGACUACGUGAAGGUGCAGCAAAGGCCGCCAAAAUCCAUGCCCGAGGUGGAGCCCUUCACGAGAUGCGUCAGCGUGGAUGGAGAUGCCGAUCGGGUGGUGUACUUCUUCAGCGACGACAAAGGCGAGUUCCAUCUGCUCGAUGGCGAUCGCAUAGCCACCUUGGUCGCUGGCUACCUCAUGGAACUGGUCACGCAAUCCGAGAUCAACUUGAGGUUGGGUUUGGUGCAAACCGCCUAUGCCAAUGGAGCAUCCACUGACUACAUAGUGGACAAACUGAAGUUCCCCGUCUCGUGCGUGCCCACGGGCGUGAAGCAUCUGCACCACAAGGCCUUGGAGUACGAUAUUGGUGUUUACUUCGAGGCGAAUGGCCAUGGAACGAUUGUGUUCAGUGACAAUGCCAAGGCGACGAUUGCCCAAGCCGCCGAAACGAAGGAAAGUGCCAAGACUUUGUUGCUCCUAAUCGAUCUGAUCAACGAGACCGUGGGAGAUGCCAUAUCCGAUAUGCUGCUGGUGGAGACUAUCCUGAACCACAAGGGCUGGGACGUUCAGGACUGGAUCUCAUCAUAUAACGACCUCCCCAACCGACAGCUGAAGGUGAAGGUGCAGGAUCGCAAUGUCAUCGAGACCACGAAUGCGGAGCGGGAGUGCGUGAAGCCCGAGGGUCUGCAGACAGAGAUCAACAAGGUGGUGGCCAACUACAAGCGGGGUCGCUCCUUUGUUCGCCCCUCUGGAACCGAGGAUGUGGUGCGUGUCUACGCCGAAGCUGCCACCAAAGAGGAUACCGAUGAUCUUGCCUACGAAGUGGGUCUGCUGGUGCAGAAGCUGGCCGGAGGUGUUGGUCCGGAACUGACGAAGCCCAAUAGUGCCCACCUCUAAACCGAAAUAACGAACCAACCUCAAGGAAAUCCACAAUUGACACAGGUCCUAAAUGGAGCAAUAAAUCUCUUUACUAUAAGGUGCUCAAUAACUUAAAAGUUUUAACUCUCAAACGCAUUUAUACUGCAGCUGUUCACUGUCUUGUGUGUUCUAAAGAUGACAUGUUUUGCCACUAUUUAUAAAGUUCUAUUAUUUAUACGUUGUGGGAGCUAUUGUUUUAUGUACUUUGCUAAUCAGAAAUGAAGAGCUUUAUGGAAAUGCACUCGCUACGUUAAUUUUUUGUUGAGCUAGUAGCAGUAACUAUUAAAAUGAUUAAAGAAUCGAUAAUAGAGAUUAAUGACCCUAA